UCGAGGGGGCCCAUAUUUGGUGCGAGCAGAGAGAGUUUUGAAGCGGAGUUGGGCUGGCCAUGGCGUCCGCCUGCCGCUAAGCUAGCUAGCUGACAAGAGGGAGGAAGGAAGGAAGGAAGGAAGGAAUUAUUAUUAACAACAACAAUACCACACACACUUACCUGGUCGGACGGAUUGGACGACGAGAACGGAUUUCUGCGGUUGCGGCGAAUGCAUCCCUCUCCCGCAGGAGGAGCUGAGUGGGUCAGCAGCGUUUGUUGGGUUCAGAGGGGUGGGUGGUUGUGAGAAAGCGGAAAAAAGGUUCGUGCUGCGAUGUGCAGAGAGAGAGAGAAUCAGGGUUUGCCUGGGAUAGUGAUGUAGGGGAGUGAGUUUUAGGGUGCGUUUCGGGCGUUUUCUGUUUAUUGAAUUGGUGGGUCCGAGGGCGGAAUACGUGGGUUUGAAGGGGGUGCUAGUGUGGGUGUGUGCAUGGGCCGGAGGGACUUGCCGGCCUUGGGAAGGACGUCGCUCAGGGAGAAAACGCGGAAGGUUUAGGGGGGGAGAUACAAAGUGGUGGGAGCUCGUGGGGUGAGUUUUGGUGGCAAUCAUGUCUAAGAACAAAGACAAAGAGGGGGAGUUGAUCGAUAUUGGCAAGAAGCUGGGGAAAUCGCAAACGAAGGAUGCUCUGGUCAAGCUGCUCGUGCAAUCUUCAGCUUUACUUGCAGAGUUGGAUCAAUCGCCCCCUCAAAGCACUCACAAUGCGAUGAAAGGAUGUUCCGAAGCUCUAGUGUCUCCAGCUUUGUUGAGACACAAAGACAAUGAAGUUGGGUUGCUUGUUGCCAUCUGCCUCAGUGAAAUUAUGAGAAUCGUGGCUCCUGAUGCUCCUUACAGUGAUGAAACCCUGAAGGAGAUAUUUCAACUUAUUGUGACAAAUUUCAAAGGCCUUGAUGAUGUAAACAGCUCUUCAUUUGCAAGGAGAGUGAAUAUUUUGGAGACAGUUGCGAAGGUCAGGUCAUGUGUAGUGAUGCUGGAUUUGGAAUGCGAUGAUCUUAUAUUGGAGAUGUUUGAGAUCUUCUUUGACACUGCAAGCGUUGAUCAUCCUCAAAAUGUCUUCGUGGCAAUGAGAAAUAUCUUGAGUCUUGUUUUGGAGGAAAGCGAAAAGAUUCCUACUGAAAUUCUGGAGGUCAUUCUCAAGAAUUUGUUGAAGACAAACAAGGAGGGAUCGGCUGCACGCAAAUUGGCAAUUGCAGUCGUAGAAAGGAGUGCUGACAAGUUGGAGCCUUAUGUGCGGAGCUUUCUGACAUCUGUUAUGGUGGAAGGGAAGAGUUUUAAGAGUGGACUUCAUAAGGAUCAUCAUCAAGUUAUAUCUGAACUCUAUGGUUGUGCCCCUCAGUUGCUUUCAGGCGUCACACCCAACAUUAAUGACGAGCUCGUGAAAGAUAAAGUAGACGUACGUUUAAAAGCAGUUGAACUCUUAGGACGACUGUUCGCUUUUCCAGGCCGACAAUUCGCACAGGAUUAUCCACUUGUGUUUUCAGAGUUUCUGAAGCGGUUCAGUGAUAAAGUAGCUGACGUUCGAGUAGCAGUGGUCAACUGUGCUAAAGCCUACGUGGAGGCAAAUCCUUCGGGCGAGCAAGCGAAUGAAAUUUUGGCUGCAUUGCAAGAUCGACUUCUGGAUUAUGAUGAGAAAGUCCGUGUGGCUGUGGUGGAAGCUUUCUACGACCUGGCUAUAUCUGAUUUGAAGUACGUUCCUGUUGAUGUAUUGCGCAAAGUUUCUGAGCGGAUUCGGGAUAAGAAGCCUGGCGUUCGAAAGAUUACUGUGUUGAAGUCGUUGGAGCUGUAUAAAUCGUACUGCACCAAAUGCACUGAAGGCUCCAUAGCUCUUGAUAAGGAGUAUGAAUGGAUACCGGGCAAGAUUCUACGUUGCUCAAAUGAUAAGGAAAUUUAUGGCUUGGAGAUUGUUCUCACGGACCCGCUCUUCCCAGCUACGCUUCCAGUGGAUGAGCAUGCAAAACACUGGGUUCUUGCUUUCUCUACUUUUGACGAGAGUGAGAAGAAAGCGCUCCAGUUCAUACUCCUUCAGAAACAAAGGCUGCAGCAAGAGAUGCAGGUCUAUUUGAACAUGCGACAAAAAACUAAGGAGGGAGAUACUCCGGAGUUUGAGAAAAAACUACAGAGUUGUUUUAAGUCCAUCGCUAAUCAAUUCGUGGACCCUCCAAAGGCGGAGGAUAGUCUACAGAAGUUGCACCAAACGAAGGAUGAAAGUGUUUUUACUGCAUUGGCCACGCUGCUUAGUCCGAUCACCACCAUUGCACAGGCCAACACAGCUCGAGAGGAUCUGUUAAAGAAAAUAGGAGUGGAGCAUCCGGAGUAUGUCUUCAUGAAAAGUCUUGCCACCAAGUGCGGCUAUUUUUUCUUUAGCAAGGAGUGUGUGAACGCAAUUACAAAAGAAGUUCUUGUUUGUAAGGAUUCUGAGGACAACAAAUACCUUGUUGCUACAAGUCUUUCGCUUCUUGUGGAAAUCGUCAUAUACUCCCCAGAGUUGUUGGCAGAUGCUGAGGACGACUUGCUGACGUUAUUGAAGGAACCUUAUGAAUCUGUUAAAGAGAGUGUUGUACAUAUCAUGUCUAAAGCUGGUGCUUAUUUCCGCAAGGAAGGACCUUCAACUGGAGGCAGAAGCAAUGUUAACCUGAUUCUGGAGCAACUUUGUCUAGAAGGUAAUCGCAAGCAAGCCAAAUUUGCGGUCUCUGCAAUUGCAGCCAUGAGUGCUGACUCAGGACUCAGGGCACUGUCUGUUUUGUAUGGGAGACUGGUAGAUAAGCUGGAGGAUAAUGCACAUCUUCCAACAGUUUUGCAGUCUUUGGGCUGCAUUGCACAAAAUGCAAUGCCUAUUUUUGAAACGAGAGAGGAUGACAUCAUCAAGUUCGUUGUUCGGAACGUUCUUAGACGGACAAGUCCGCAGGAAGAUGCUGAAUUCGUCCCUGAAUUUGAUGUCCCAAGUGAUCAUGUGCUCUUGAAGAUUCAUGCUCUUAAAGCUUUGGUGAAGAGUUUUCUUCCAAAAAUGAAUGCACAUCAACGAACAAGACUUCCAGGGCUUCUCAAGGUACUUGUCAAGAUUCUUGCGUGUGGAGAAAUAUCAGAUGACGUGAAAACAAGUGACGCAGAUAAAGCUCAUCUGCGCUUGGCAGCUGCUAAAGGUGUACUGAGAUUGGCUAGGCGUUGGGACAGUCAGAUUCCUAUAGACGUUUUCCAUAUGGUUGUUAUGACGGUGCAGGAUCAAGCAGCGCACGUUCGGCGUGCGUUGUUAAGAAAAAUUCACCAUUACCUGAAGGAUCGAUCACUGAAUUUGAAAUAUGCUAGUGCUUACGUACUUAGUACGGUGGAUACUGAAAAAGAUAUUGCUUUAGAGGCCCGGCGCUUUAUGUCCGAGUUUAUAGACGAUUAUCGCAACGAAGCUUACAAGGCAGUCACCGGGCAAGCUGAGAAGACAAAUCUUACGUUGCAUCCAGAAUAUGCUCUUGUUUACCUUGUACAUGUUUUGGCUCACCAUCCCAACUUUCCAGUAGAGUCUGGAGAGGUUAAGCCAGAACCAGCAGCCUAUGAGCCAUUCUACAGAGAGUUGUUGUUUUUCUUACGGGCACUUAUUCACCAAGAAUCAGAUGGGAAAAAUGAGGCUGCUAAGAAAUAUGAUGGAGAUAAUGUACCUCUUAUUCUAGCGAUUUUACGCACUAUCAAAGGAUGUGAAAAUGUUGUUGACAGAACGAAGACUGAGACUUUAUAUGCAAUAUGUGACAUUGCCAUAUUGAUUACCAAGGACAUUGCGCCAAAGAAAAGGCAUGUGGAGACGUACCCAGGUGUCGUUCCACUUCCAGCUUCUAUGUACAAGGUACUUGAAUCCGUGUCUCCUGAAUAUACGGCUCCUGAGUCGAAAGCACCUGUUACAAAGGCUGCCGAAUUAAAUGCAGCAGAAGUGAAGGCCCAUAAACCAAAUGCAACUGAAGCAAUGACUUCUGAAUCGAAGGCAUCUGAAGUCGUGGCCUCCAAGUUAAAUGCAGCUGAUGUGAAGGCCGUUGAGGCUAAUGAAGCUGAAGUAAAGGCUUCUGAACUAAACGCCACAGAAUCCAAGCCACCCUCUGAAGUCAAGACGGCUGAACUUAAUGUAUUGGAAACCGUGGUAUCUGAAUCAAAAGAAGACAAGGCCACUGAACCAAGUGAAUCCAAGGCAGCCGAGGUAGAUGAAUCCAUGGAACCUGAACCAAUCCAAACUGUUGCAGCUGAAGCAAAUGGAUCCAAGGCAUCUGAACCCGAGGAAUCCGCCGGACCUGAGUCAGUGGGUACCGGCGCUGCCGAACCAAAGGGAAUCAAGGCAACUGAGUCAGCCGAACCCAAGGCAGCUGAACCCAAAGAGUCCGUAGUACCCGAGCUAAUGGAAACCGACACAGCUGAACCCAAAGAAUCCGUAGCACCUGAGUCAAUGGAAACCGAUACAGCUGAACUCAAAGAGUCCGUUGCACUUGAGUUAAUGGAAACCGAUACAGCUAAACCCAAAGAGUCCGUAGCACUGGAGCCAAUGGAAACCGAAAUAGCUGAACCAAAUGAAACCAAAGCACUUGAAUCAACUGAAUCUAAAGAAUCUGAACCAUCCAAGUCUGGGGCACCUGAACCAACCGAGUCCAAGUUACCAGAACUGGCUGAAACUGCAUCCAAAGGCCCUGAAUCAGAUGCAACGGUUUCCUCAAUUGGAGAGGAAGAGAAGACUGGAGUGACUGAAGCUAAGAAAGCAGUGGAAGGGCCCUCAAAGGUGGACGGUAGCCAUCUGCCAGCUUGCUUUAAGGACAAGGGUGUUUUAGCGAAAUUCAAGCUUGGAAGCUCUUCAAAGACUCAUAAGCCUUCAAGCCCAAGGGGUCGCAAACGAGGGAAGCGAUUCGACAACGGAGAAACUGUUUCAGAUGCAGAGCUGGAGAUGGAAGAGAAAAGUGUGCGUGAGCCUACACCUAAGAAGGGUAAACUUGGAAAUGAUAAAUCAACAAAGGGUGCUGCAACUGUGGGAACAGGAGUUAUAAUUAAGGGACCUGCUCGUGGUGGAAGGAAGUCAGUGGAUAAAAAUGAGUCUGCGAAGAAGUCAGCAAAGAAGCCUGAAGUGGGAAAAGAACCUGAAGAGGACUUGGAUGAAAAGACUCCUGCAAAACGCAAACGUGGUCGGCCCAAAGGUUCUAGUAGGAAGGAUGAUGGAAUCAGUGGGGAUGAAAUGGCAGGAGCUUCCUCAGACACGACACCUACUACAUCGGCCAAAAAAGGAAAGCCAGUCGCUGGCGACCGCUCCUUAACAGAGUCUGGCAAGAGAAAGCCUGGGCGUCCAGCCAAAGCGAAAUCUGAUGAUGAUGUACAGGAGAAAAGUGCACAGAAGAAAGAGAAGGUGAACAUAAGUCAAGGCCUUGUCUCUACUCCUGAUAAAUCGGCCAAAAAAGCAAGUGCUGUUGAAAAGAGUGAGAGCCCAGCUUGGAAGAAUGAAGGCGAGAGGGGCGGAGAUGAGUCUCUUGUUGGCUGUGGUAUCAAAGUCUGGUGGCCUUUGGAUAAGAGAUUCUACAAAGGGUCUGUUGUGGAUUAUGAUGCCAAGAAGAGGAAGCACAAGAUUUUAUAUAACGACGGGGAAACGGAAAUACUGAAUUUGACGAAGGAGCGGUGGGAGCUAACUGACAAAAAGAACAAGACUUCUGCAAAGAAGGAGAAGACACCAGCUACUACUCCAACACUCUCAGGAACAAAAUACCCGGAACCCAAGAGAUUGAAGGUGACCUCCAAGACACCACCGACAAAACAAGACGAUAAAGACACUUUAUCAGCGAAGCGAACAAGCACUCCCAAGUCAGCUAAGGAAGCUGAGAAACCCGCAAAAGUGGCCAAAUCUCCUACCACCAAAGAACAGGCGGCAGAUGCUUUUGAGUUUGAUGAUGAAGGGGUUGAACCUGAGGCGAAGAGACAAAAAUCGCUCAAAGCUUCAGGUGGGAAGCAAUCCAAGGCCGAUAAGAAUGAGAAAACUAUGGGCACGUCCAAAGAUUCAGAAGCCGAAAGUGCCAAAGAGAUGUCGGAAGAGUUACCUGUUGAAGGGAAAGCUGUAGGAAUUGCUGAGGACGACGAGCCCUUGGAUAUGCGUUUCUGAUUUUAUCAAGUGGACUCUCGCUUCCGCAAGUCACGGAGUCUUGGUUGAGGCUGGCAGGACAAUUGGAGAACUCGGAACGUUUGGAAGUCAAAGCCAGUGAAGAAAUGAUCUGGUCACUAGGAUGGAAAUAUCUUACUGUUUGACAGUGAGAUUAGUGUAGAGAUUAUGUGGGUUAGUUUCAGAACUAGCAGGUUUGUACAUUCAACUUUGUAUUGAAAUUGGGAGGUUAUGGAGUCUUGUCAUUAGGAGGUAAUGGAUCUGAGGGAUUUGCCAGCAGACUAUUCGGUCUAAUGCUUCAUAUUGGAGGGAAGACGUGAGGGGAUAUCAUUCUGCCUACAUUUGUACUCGUAACUUCAGUCCGUAAAGACGUUGAGACUGCUAUCAGAUCUCUUACAAUUCCCUCAUAAUCUUAUGACCUCCCCUCCAUGAGCUGCUUCUCCGAGCUGGAACAGUGGAAAAGAGCUUCAUUACUGUGGAUAUGGCUCUAAAGCAGUUUUACCUCUG